GUGAAGUGGAAAGGGAAGGACCUGUUCGAUCUGGUAUGCAGGACACUGGGACUCCGAGAAACCUGGUUCUUUGGACUUCAGUACACUAUCAAGGACACGGUGGCUUGGCUCAAAAUGGACAAGAAGGUUCUGGAUCAUGAUGUUCCAACAGAGGAGCCUGUCACGUUUCACUUCCUGGCCAAAUUUUAUCCUGAGAAUGCAGAGGAAGAACUGGUCCAGGAAAUCACACAGCACUUGUUCUUCCUGCAG